UGUCUAUUAAGCCUAAUUGUUUUUGGCAGUUGUCCUCCAGGGCCGCCAUACAAGAGUUGCAACUUUUUCUAUAUUUUUCAUGUUUUGCCUCCUAUGAAUAUAUUCAUAGUGGUUCUGUAUCCAUGAUAAAGUCAAGCUGACAAAACCUAAAACUAGCAGAAAGGUAAAGAAAGACUGGUAUUAGAAUAAGAGUGAUGAAGAAGUACACCUGUGUUUUUCUAUAGUCUGAUGUGUUUUUUCUUUGUUCUGAUCACAGACGGAACAGACUUUUAUUAUUUCCGAUUAGUUUAAUCAGUAACAGAAAAUACACCACCACCAGUAUCAUCGAACUCCUACCCAGUUAUAAAAUGCAAACCCGUCUAAAGAGUGAGGGGAGGAGCUUCAGAGGGGCGAGGAUGGCUGGGUCUGUCCAGGUGAUCGUCUCACUGAGCCGUUUCAGUUGUUUUGCAGCGAGGCGUGCAGACGCUCAGCAGCAGGAGACGCUCGCUGUCGGUCUGAUCUGAUCCUGCAGAGACCAGAGGCAGAGAUGAUCCUGAACCAGAUGGCAGACAAGUGAGAAAAAGACGAAUGGCUUUCACCAGCAGCGGCCUCCGUGUCCGGGGGGACGAUAACCUCCAGUCCAUGCUGGUGGGGGCGGUGAUGAGGAAGAUCAAGUCUCGAACCUGGAAGAAACAACGCUACUUCAAACUGCAGGAUGACUGCAUGACCAUCUGGUACCAGUCCAAAAAGGCAGGAAAUGCCCACUCCACAUUUUCCGUUGGUGACGUGGAGGCGAUACGAGAAGGCCACCAGUCCGAGGUCCUCCUCAGCAUUGCUGACGAGUUCCCCCCCAACCGAUGCUUCACCGUGGUGUUUCGGGGUCGCCGGGGCAACCUGGACCUGGUGGCCGAGUCAGCAGAGGAGGCCCAGACGUGGAUCAGAGGGAUGAGGAAGCUGAUUGAGAGUCUGGAGAACAUGGGGGAGAGAGAGAAACUGGACCAAUGGAUUGGUGACUGGUUCAAGAAGGCAGACAAGAACAACGACGGCAGGAUGAACUUCAAGGAAGUGAGAGAUUUACUGAAGAUGAUGAACAUAGACAUGAAUGAGCAUCACGCUCAUCGACUCUUCACCAUGGCUGAUAAGUCCGAGUCAGGUACGCUGGAGGACGACGAGUUUGUGCUCUUCUACAAGAUGCUGACCCAGCGGGAGGAUGUACUCACGAUUUUCCAGAAGUUCUCAUCCGAUGGCCAAAAGUUUUCCCAGAGUGACUUGGAGGAUUUCCUGAGGGAGGAGCAGCUGGAGGGAGAUGACAUCCAGCAGCAUGCCAAGGAGCUCAUUGAGCGCUACGAGCCUUCUGACACAGCCAAGCUGCUCAACGCCAUGACAUUUGACGGCUUCUUGAUGUACCUCGGCUCAUCUGAAGGCUCCAUCUUUAACCCACGGCGGCGAGGCAUUUUCAUGGACAUGAGCCAGCCUCUGUGCCAUUACCUCAUAUCCUCAUCUCACAACACUUACUUGAUGGAGGACCAGCUGAGAGGGCAUAGCAGUGUGGAGGGGUACAUCCGGGCUCUGAGUCGAGGCUGCCGCUGCGUGGAGGUGGACUGUUGGGAUGGAGCAAACGGAGAGCCCAUUGUGUAUCACGGACAUACUUUCACAUCUAAGAUAUUCUUCAAGGAUGUGGUCAACGCAGUGGGAAACUACGCCUUUAAGGUAUCUGAGUAUCCUGUCAUCCUCUCCAUCGAGAACCACUGCAGUGUUGAGCAACAGAGAGUCAUGGCCCAUCACCUCAACCACAUCCUGGGUGACAAACUGCUGAAAAGCACGCUGGAUGGAAAGGCCCCCAUCGGGCUGCCAUCUCCUGAGGAUCUGAAGGGGAAGAUCCUGCUGAAGGCGAAGAAGAUCGGCGGCCUGGAGGAGACUUACAACGGGAUGGUGGAGGAGUCCCUGACAGGAGAGGUCAGCGACGAAGACGAGGUGAAUGAAAUCGAUGACGAUAUCCUCCACAGGGAGAGCGUGCGUCGUCGACUGAGGAAAUCAAAGCAGCGUCUCUCUAAGGAGCUGUCGGACUGUGUGGUUUACUGCAAAAGCGUCCACUUCAGCAGCUUUAAACACUCACGGAUCCACUCCAAGUUUUACGAGGUGGCGUCUUUCACCGAGUCCAAGGCUCGCAAACACCUCAGAGAGGCAGGGGCCGAGUUUGUGCACCAUAACUCCAGACAGCUGACCCGAGUCUAUCCCAGCGGCUUCCGAACUGACUCUUCUAAUUUCAAUCCUCAGGAAAUGUGGAACACUGGCUGCCAAAUUGUCGCAUUAAAUUUCCAGACUGCAGGGGAGGGCAUGGAUCUAAAUGACGGUCUGUUCAGUCAGAAUGGUAGCUGUGGCUAUGUCCUCAAGCCUGUGUUCAUGAGAGGGGCUGAAAAGAGAUUCGACCCUGAGACGCCUGAAAAGCGAGAAGGAUACCAGCCUGUUUUCCUCACCAUACAGGUGAUCAGUGGGCAGCAACUGCCUAAAGUCAACAUUAAAGAGGACUCUAUUGUGGAUCCACUGGUCCGGGUGGAGAUUUAUGGUGUUCCUGCAGACCAGAACAAGCAGGAGACCAGAUACAUUGAGAAUAACGGGUUCAACCCUGUGUGGUACGACACUCUACGUUUUACCAUUCACACCCCUGAGCUGGCUAUGGUGCGAUUUGUGGUAGAAGACUACGACAAGACGUCAAAGAAUGACUUUGUGGGGCAGUAUACUCUCCCUCUGAGCUGUAUGCAGCAAGGUUAUCGUCACAUCCACCUUUUGUCUAAAGAUGGGACCAGUAUUCCUCCUUCAUCCUUAUUUGUGCACAUCAGGAUCACAGAUGUCGAUUAAAUCAAAAUUGAAGUUAGAAAUAUCCUCCAUGAACAUCCUUCCCAAAAAAAAAAGUAUUUAAUAUAGCUCUUAUUUGAUGUGAAGAUUUUACUGCGCCAAAUGUUUAGUUGUUCUUGUAUAGUAUGCAUGUUUCCGAUUUGUGCGUUGUUGUUGUGUUACUUGUUCCUGUGACUGACUUGAACUCGGCUGCUCGUGUUUUACGUACUGUGUCCGUUUCAUAGAGGAGAAUGUGCCACCGUUAUAUUUAGAUCAGGACAUUACGUUUCUAUAAGUAUUUUUCUUCAACAAACAGCACUUCAUCCUACAGUCCACUGCUUUUAUUUUGCUUUAUUUUAGGAGCAAAACUUGAA